AUCAAUUUGUAGGUAGAACGUCCCACUUCGCUCGUGAAUGCAAAUUGGCCACUCUGCUGUGCCCUGAGUUCCGGUACCUGAAGGAUCGAAUUCGUAUCAUGACCGAAGUCUUUGCCGUUGCUCGUCAGGAUGCAUUAAACCUAACUAAUCUGCAUUGCCAUCGAUGGGUGGAAGGUCAAUUUGCAGAAUGUCCUCCGAUACAUGAUCCAGUCUUAUUGGUCAUGGGCGUUGGUGAUGACCAAUGUCCAUGGAGUACGAAGUCGCCCUCCAAAUCAAGGCUGGUACCACCAGUUAAAUGCGACAUUUGCCAACCACUUUAGACCAGCAACGAUCGAUCCCAAUUCUGGUCAAAACUUGUAUCAGUUCCCUGUGUUGACGUCUUCAUUCGUUCAUGUUGCCAAUUCCUUUUGCCACACAGCUGCUAUGAAUGCUGUCGAACAUUUAUCCCGAAACUUACGGGGUAACAUGAUCCUGCAAAUAUCCACAACCAACCGCCGAUCUUGUUUGACUGUAGCUUCCAGUCCGAUGGAGUCAUGAUUUCGAUGCGCUUUGUUGUCCGUGGCCGUGACCCAUUGCCUUCCUCUCGAAAGGAGUUUCAGUUACUUCCUCGACAGGUCGAAUCGGCACCAUAUUCUCACCCG